UCUAGGUGGUGGAGGGCGCGGAUCGUCAUCCGCAAAGUCGUGCGUUCACCCCGUCGUGCCGCGACGACAACAGGGCGUCGUUCGUUCCGGAACGAGCGACGCUGCGUCGAGUUCGCUCCUGGGGGUCCCGUCGCGAACUUUUCUCUCUCCGUUAUUCCAUUAAAGCGUGCGGCCAACGUUGUGCUCGCCGCCGUUCCCAUCGGCGUUCGACUUGGCGUUGCCGCGCGCCCCACCGAACCGUGGAAAGGAGGAGAGAAGAGGAAGAGGUGUGCGGUGUUCGGAUCAGUCCUCGAGUCGGUCGAGGACGAGAAACGAGGCGUUGAAUCGCUCGGUUCGUCGAAUUCGAGUGCACUGCGAGCUGAAGUGAGUUCAAAUUGAUCGAUACGCCUGGAUACAGGGUGCGAUAUUACUGGUGAUCGGUGGUGAUCGAGGUGGAGGAUCGCAGAGUGAAGGAUAUAAGAGUGUCCUUUCGAUGCACGUGGUCGACGGGAGGGGCGGCGAGGAGGUUGGACAGCACGGCACGAGGCGAAAGUUCUAAGCUAACCAUCGGGAUUCGAGGUUAGGAAUUGGUACAUGUGGCGUCGACGGUCGAUCGACGCUCCGCCGAGAACGUCCUCGUGGGAAGGACGUCAUCGCGGUUGGGUAUCGUUCUAGGGGUUGCUACGGGCGCGGACAUACGCGGGAGGAGUGGGGUGCGAAACGGGGGCGAGGGAGGUGUUCGCCAACGACGAGAGCCAGGUCUAAUGUGAAUCUCGGUUGGGCGGUUGGAAGGUUAACGUCCACGGUCUCACGCGUGUGAGUAACGUCGCGGGUGAGGAGAGAGAGGAUCGUCGGAGUGUCACGAACCUGAGGGAUGUCACGGAUCCUCGAGCUGUUUCCGCGUCGAGUGCGACAUUAGAGGUGGAAAACAUUGUCACGUGGAUUUGCUCUCGAGACGCGAUAAAACGGUCGAGUUCCCUCCUAUUUUUUCCCUUUCUUUCUCUCUUUCUCUCUUUCUCUUUCUCUCCCUCUCCCUCCCUCUCUCUCUCUCUCUCUCUCCGUUCCGUGUGCGUGCGUGAAACGGCAAUUGGUGCGAUCGUGUGGGAAAAACGGUCGUGCGUCGGUCCAGGCGCAGGGAUAAACGACGCAGGAUGAAUGGAUGGAUCGGGGUGAAACGACGGUAUAAUUGGCCGGUGUAUUUAUAGAUAACGAGGUGGUUGGAUCGGCUAGCUUAAUUAGCGGUCGAUCGAUGAUAGGGAUUUCGUGGAAAGGUGUUGGCAUUUGUUUCGGGAAGAGAAGAAAGAAGCGGAUGCCGCUCGCCAAGUGAUUGGAAAAUUGUUGUCGCCAAUGAAUGAAAAGUCUUCCCUGUGUGUUUCAGUGUGAAAUGAAAGCCGAGUUUUCCGACAGUUUCUCAGUGUUGAAAAAGUGCGAAAAACGAAGAGAAGGCAUCGAUAAUCCCUGGCAUCGGUGUGAUCCCCCCUCCUCUCCCCCCAGUGAAACCGUCGUUCAGGUGUAAACAUCCAACAGGUUCCACGAUGAAACAACGACCGUUGAAACGCGUACGAGGAUCGAGGCUGCCCUGCUGAUUCGUCCCAACGUUUUGGAUUAUAUACCCUAUCCGUUGUUCGGCUUUAAACGUGGUGGAUUCCCGCCCUACGUCGCUAGGGCGAGCACGUGAAUCAACCCUCAUAACGAAAAUCGAUCGCGUACGAAACGUGGCCUGAUCGAUCCUACAGAUAUUUUGUGGAUGAAUCGUUGCUACGAUUCCGCGAGAAAGAAAGAGUUAAUUCUUUCGUUAAAUAUAUAAAGGAAGAAUGUUGAUACGAAACUGGAACAAUAAAAUCAAAUAUCGUCUUUCAACUCGAAGAGUACUGAAAGUUAUUUAAAAUAAUAAAAGAAAAACUGCCUAAUGGAAAUCAAAAUUACUCAAGGAACUGAUAAUAAACUUAUAAGAGAGUAUCGUUGAUGGAAUAAUCAAUUUUUUUAACGUUUCGAGAAAUUUACAACAGCUAAUCGAUAUUUGAAUUUCAAUUAUCCGUAGAAGAUACAAUAUUGUAAGAAAAAUUUAAGUGUUUAUAAACUUCGAAUCGCGAAUAAAGAUUUUUGGAAUAAUAUUCGCGAAAAUAAUUCAACGAUAUAUAAAUUACCAGUAACAGUUAUUUAUCGAAUAAGAAGACGCAAAGUGGAAAACCAUAUUUCCUUCGCGAUACAAUUUCGUCGACGAGACGACAAGAAAACUAUGAAGUGAAAGCCGACAGAAUAGAAUCGACGAAGAUUUGCGAAACGAAAAACGGCGAUCACGUCAAAGGGGCGCAAUAAAAGAGAUUACAUUCGCAAUUGCGCGUUCCCUUUUUCCUCCCCCCUUGGAAAAAAAUGAGAAAUGCGAGGGCGGUGCUCAAAGACCUUCUGCCUGGACAAACGUUUCAAAUUUUCACGUAAUAUUAUUCGACGAGUCCGCGAUUUAUUAACGAAGCCCCCAGGAGAGAAACGAGCGCGAACGAUCCGAAUAAAGAAAAUGUAAAAAAAAAAAAAGAAAAAAAAAGUAGAUCGUGCGUAACAAGCUCGUUCGUUGAUUUUUCGGGCCGUUCAAAGAAGGGAGAAAAAUUACUCAAUCAGUAGAGAUAAAUUUUUGGAUUAAAAAAUUUCGACGAAUCUAAUAAUCGUAUCAAAAAGAAAAGAAAAGAGGAACAAAUAUUGGUACAAAAUCGCGAUAAAGAAACAUUUAUGAUCUGAUCGUCUUGCGAGAUUCGUUUCCAAGAGAUCUGGAAGAAACAAGGAGAGAGAGAAAUUCGAUAAAUUCGGAAAAGGAGAUAGAACGACAUUCAAUAUCGACGUUUACAUGCCUCGAGUGGACCUGGAGGAAUUUACGAGGCGUAAAAACGCGAUCCGUGACGAUUGCGUUGAAGCGAGAAUCUAGAUUUCCAACAGAGAGUUGAACGAUAAAAUCGUCACGGUGUGCGGAUUGGGGCGAAUUCUCGGCUACAUCGGCGGAAGACCGUCGGUGGGGGCCGCCAGCAUGUCGCAGUCUGGUUCAGGAGGGGUGAACGAUAACCACCAGGAGCAGAACCAGGUCGGACAAACGAUGGAGAACCAGCAGACGUCGUGUCAGAACGGUCGGGCCGAACCGCCUGCCGAUAACGCCAAACAAGAUUUGUCAAAUGGCUUCGAAAACCGUACCAUAGAGUAUGACAGAUUUUCUCAAGACAGGGCACAGCAGAACAAGUCGAUCGGCCAGACUCAGAGCCAAGAACAACAGCAACAGCAACAGCAGCAACAACAGCAGCAGCAACAGCAAACUCAACAGACCGGUCAAUACCCGACUGGAAGGAAGCAAGCUGUGGUCGGUGUUCCCGAAGACAGACAUCCACCAAGUGGACAACUUCCUCCUCAACAGUACGGCCAAGAAAAGUCUACGGCACCGGAGAGAACGCAGAACGUGUCUCAAACUAGCACUCAAACCCUUCCUGUUCAAGCGCAACCUCAAUUCGUGCCCGAUUACGAUCAGACCCAGUACACGCAGAUACGAAGCCAGUUCGAAGUGAGACCACAAAUGUAUCCUCAACAAGCGCAAUACGCGGAGCGUGCCGGCUAUGUGACACGAGACGUGACGUACAGGGAUCCCACGUUGUACCAAGGAGGCGCGGCGAAUCCCAUGUUCACCGGUCAAGGUCAGUACGUAACGGUUCAACACGGGUCGCAAAUACCCCCUCAAUCCGCCAGUCCUCAGCCGCCGUAUUUCUCAGGCGUGGUAGUGCCUCAACCGACUGGUUACGCCCAAUACGGUACCCAGCCCCAAUACCCUUACACCCAAUAUCCCCAGACAAUGAUGAACGCGGUACCGUAUACACCCCACGCGGGAAUUUACCCGGGUCAACAGUUCGGUCAACAAUCGCCCAAUCCUCAGAGAUUCUCGCAAGAGUUGGGUCAAUAUCAGACUCAACCGAUCAUCCAACCGAUCGCCCAGAACGUGACCCACGGUCUCGCGAUGACAACUGGCGAGCGACCGAGUCGUGGGCCCAAACCCAUGGUUCCUCCCCGGGGCAACUCGAAGAUCACGCACGACACCGGACAUAGAAAAUCGGCAAGCGUCGACGUGGCAGGAAUGCAGAAGCCUAAAUACGAUCCCGGUCAAAACCCUGUCCCGCAGGAGCAGCAGAUCCAUCGGAGCGAGGGGGCGAUAAUCGUGCAGGGUGCACAGAUAGUGGCCGAUGCCCAAGACAGAAGGUAUCUGGCGGCCAUUAAUCAAAAUCCGCGGACACGACAGGAUGGAUUGUACGUGGAUACGAACGAGGAUCAGCCGCCACCUGGGCGGGAAAAAAUGUGCGAGGCCGUGGCGGCCGACUGCGGCCUGUACGUGGCCAGGCCUGAACACAGGAAAUCUAUUUCCGUGGACGUUACAUCGAGUUUCCAGCGGCGGAACGACACGAUCACCUUCACGUUCCCUGGUGAUGGGAAUCAGGAAAUAUUGAUGCCGGCCAGGAAGGGCGGAAGCAUGGUGGAUCCGAAACGGGUCGAAGCCAAUCAAGUGUAUCCGCCUGAUCAAAGGCGAUUGGACACGAGCUUGAGAGUAUCUCCGAUGGCUUUUGAUACGAGACAAGAGAAUAGGAAGAGCAUAGGGGCGGACAGAAAGCCCGAAUGGGGCAACGUGAGCCCUAAUCAAAGAGUGGCGAUACCGCAAGAAAACAGGCGAUCCGAUUACUUCGACGAGCACAGGAGGUCGCCUAUGACUAUCGAAGGGAAAAGAAUGGAGGACGUUAGAAGGUCUCCUAUGCCGUUCAUGCCGAUCCGCGAGGGAUCGGCGGAUCGUGGCGGCCAGAAGAGUCCCUCGUUCGUCAAUCAAAAUUUCGAGAAGACGAGGCAGGAGUUGACCAUAUGGGCCGAGCAACGCCAACGGCAGGAGCACGAGAGGAACAUGAUGCAGAAUCAAAUGAUGUCCACCAGCCCACGUUCCCGUAAUCAGUCGGAGGAGAGGAGAGAUCCGAGAGGGCAGAUCCAUCAGACGGCGGACGAUAGGAAGGAAGGGAGAAUGACCCAAUCGGCCUUUCAACCGAUUCCUAACAUCAGUCAGAGAACGAUAAUGGAACAACGUCGCCAUUUGCGUCACGUCAGCGCUGAUCUGACUAAACACAUGGAGCUAUCGAGAAAGGAGUUCGAGGAGCAGCCCAUUAGCGGAUCCGUGGCGAAUCUGGGACCACCCCCUGCCAGCACGGCUCCAUCUCAAAGGGCCAGUCCCAACAUAUGUCAUCAGUAUCCAGCCCUGAGCGAAGCUAAGUUAGAUACCAAGACUGUUCUCACGGUGGUAACGGAUUUCGGUGAAACGAACUUGGGCAAACCGAUCGAUCAGGUGGAUCAUAUAAUUCACAGUCAUCGCAAGAGUCACAACGUCUCUGGCAAUUUAUUGACUCACAGUAAGAGUCAGACGGACAAUCUUCAAAGUCAAUUGGAUCCGCAGAACGAAAAGUCCGACACGCUGAUGCCGCAGCAACAACAGCAGCAGCAACAACAACAACAACAACAACAACAAUUGCAGAAUCAGCAGAGUCUGGAUUUAAUUUCAGAGAAGUUGAGCCAAUUCGAAAGGCAGCAGAGCGAUCUGCAGGCGAAGCUUCAAUGUCUUCAGAGUCAAAAUCAAAUCCUGGACAAAGUGGCGCAGUUUCAACACCAACAGAGCGACUUGCAGGCAAGGCUGCAAAGUCUGCAAGCGCAGAACCAAUUGUGCGACAAAUUGCAAAGAUCGACCGAUUUUCAACCGCACGGGAUCGGGAACGAGAUCCACCAGAUUCAAUCGAACUCGCUGCCCAACCACCAAGAACAAUCGUCAGAUAAGAGUUGCCUGACGCAGAGCCAGAAUACACCGCACAGCCAUCAUCAAACGUUAUUGACCGCUUCCUAUUCACAGAACUCUAAUCAUCAAUCCUGCCAAUCGUCUGUCUGCGAGAAGCUAUCGCCCAGGCUGCAACACGAUACCAGCGACCCGAAUUCUAUUCAGAUACCGAACAUGUCGCAGAUGCCGUUGCCGUGUCUGCCGCAAUUCGAGCGCACCGACGCGUCGCGCGCUUCGUUUUCGCAGUUCCAUCGGCUUCAGUGCCAGAUAGACGGCCACGAGGGCGUUUCGUCCACUGCCGUCUCCUCCGCUUCCUUCACCGGCACGUUGAAGAAGGUGCCUCCGGAAAAACCACCGAGAACAUCGUUGAUCGUUCAAUCGCCGGAAUCGGAGAGCAACAGAAGCCAGCCAGCAAUCGGAUUGAAGCAGACGCCCAAGGCUCGGCCAACCAUUUUCGGCACUGUGGCCUCGGACCUAAACCCAAAAGAUGGCAACAGUCGAAGGGUAAGCAUCAAGUUUUAUUGGAAAACGACAGAACCGAAUUCAUCCAGCUUGCCACAAACACCAGCUGGCGGUGUGGGUGGAAAAGGAAGCGGAAGUGCUGGCACCGGAUCUGGUAUGGUCAAUGGUUCCGGUACCGAUCAUCAAGAUAUUCGUGACGGUGCUGCUAUAAACACAGAACAUGCCUUGGUAUAUCGGGACGGGAAUCUGGUGUCGGGCUCGUUGGAAGCCCUGGUGCAGCAUAUGGUGCCCACCGAGGAAUAUUAUCCCGAUCGAGCUUACCUCUUCGCCUUUUUGCUGAGCGCCAGGCUCUUCAUCAAGCCGCACGAGCUUCUGGGCGAGGUCUGCGCCCUCUGCGAGCAUCAGCAAAACCUGAAUGGAGAGGGUGGCAAGGAACGUCUGCAACGUUUCGUGCCGCGACUGGUGCAACUGCUCGCCGAAUGGACGGAAACAUUCCCGUACGACUUCCGGGACGAGAGGGUGAUGAGCCACGUCAGGUCCAUCACGCAGAAGGUUGCUGCGGUCGACGCUGCGGCCAGGCAGGAAGUUUCGGCAUUGCUGCAAAACUUGCUCCUCAGACUGACGGCCCUCGAGAGGUACGAGGAGGGUCUGGCCAGGCUGGCGACCGAGGCAACGACGGAGCAACUCGCCCAGGUGGACAUCACCGAGCUGUGCCCAUCGGCCACGGUCCUCGCCCAGCAAUUGACUCACGUGGAACUCGAGAGGCUCUCGUACAUCGGCCCCGAAGAAUUUGUCCAAGCUUUCGCCAAGGAAUCCCCUCAUCUGGAAACAUCGUUUAAGGACAUGAAGAAAACGCGCAAUCUCGAAUCGUACAUCCAAUGGUUCAACAGACUGAGCUAUUUCGUCGCGACUGAAGUAUGCAAGCAUCCAAAAAAGAAACAACGAGUCCGAGUGAUUGAGUAUUGGAUCGAAACAGCCCGUGAGUGCUUCAACAUCGGCAAUUUCAACUCCCUGAUGGCGAUCAUCGCUGGUUUGAACAUAUCACCGAUAUCUCGUCUGAAGAAAACGUGGUCAAAGGUGCAACUGGCGAAAUUCUCGAUUCUUGAGCAUCAAAUGGAUCCCAGCAGCAACUUUAGCAGCUAUCGCAGCACCCUGAAAGCGGCUAUGUGGCGUAGCGCCGGCGCUACGGACGAACGACAGAGGAUCGUCGUUCCCUUCUUCAGUUUGCUGGUCAAGGAUCUCUACUUCCUGAACGAGGGAUGCAGCAACAAGUUGCCAAACGGACAUAUUAAUUUUGAAAAAUUCUGGCAGCUGGCGAAACAGGUUACGGAGUUCAUCGCCUGGAAGCAAGUUGCCUGUCCAUUCGAGAAGAAUCCACGUGUCAUUGCUUUUCUUCAGGCGAGACCGGUGUGGACUGAAAAUGCUCUAGCUUUGGCAUCGUUCGAGUGCGAACCACCAGACAACAAUCCGGAGAAAGAACGUUACAAAGCAUUGAAGUCUGAACUGAACGCUCAGUGAAAAAGAGCAACCAUACACCGCGUCGAAUGGGAGCGAUAUUGAGACAGAGGACGCGCUCUUUUAAAAUUUCGUUCCAAGCAUUAAUCAGCCGAGAAUCUCUCCCGCGAGAAGACGUUAAGAGAAGAGAUACAUCGAGAGAAAGAGAGAGAAAGAGAGAGAGGGGGGGAGAGCAGAGGGAUAAAAAUAGCGGAGAACACUUGAAUCGUGAACGAGAUGCCUGCACGACGAUGAAAAAUGGAGGAAGAGGAGAAAAGAAAAUCCAGAAAAUGCGGCGAUUUGCUCGCGAUCGAUAAACGAUAGAACGAAGAGGAGCGAAAAAAAAAUGAUUCAUCGUAGUGAUCUCGCGUCAUUUAAGGAUAUCAGGAGUUUAGAUAUACCAGGAGAAUCGGUGCAGUCGUAGAUAAUUCGCGAUUUUAAUUUUUAGAAACGAUUCUAAACUUCUUCCUUUCGUGAAUGAUACCUUUCGUGCGUUGAAUAUAUACAACGCAGUUAUAUAUAAAUGAAUUUUUCGAAUCGAGACAAAUUUUCGUAUCGAGUCGAGUUACGAAUUUUUUAAACGUUUCUUUAAAUCGAAUUUUCGAAUCGAAAUUCCCCUUUCCAAUCUUUACGAAUUUUCGAAACCUAAUCGAAUAAAACUUUCAGGAAUUCAACCCCGAGCAUUAUUCUCCCCCAUAUAAUAUCAAAAUUCUUCACAUAAUAUCUCAUCAUCGAAAAACUCUCCGAAUAAAUUCCUCCAAAAUUUCCAACUUUCCAUCGGGCUCGACUGCACCGAUCCAAGAUCGUCGACAGAUCGACGACCCCUAUCCCUCGAUCCAUCAAGAAAGUAAACCAAAGUCGAUCUGUCAAAACGAAGAAAGAAAAAAAGAAAGAAAGAAAAAAGGAAGGAAGGAAAGAAAAAAAAAAGAAUUCACACUGAACAGUAUCGCGUAGCAGUAAGUAUAGUUCCUAAGCCCGAGGCCAGAACGGAAAAACGUUUCACUCGACCACUCUGUACGCGAAACGUUCCACGUAUUCGAGGGAAACGUCUCGUCCGCCUGGUCGACCCCUUUUUGUACAUAGUCCUUUUGAUAUACGCUAACGAAAACUCCUAGGUGUGGAACAGAGGAUAAUGGAAAAAAGAUAAAAAAGAAGAAAUAGGUUCGUUCCUGUAGAGUAAGCUCGAACGUUGUCGUUUUAAGGUUCUAGGUUACACGUAUAGUAGCAGACGACGGUCGUCGUGCACGUACUUAACGAAUCAGAAUGGCGUGUAGAAUUGGCAUGAAAAAGAAA